AAGAGGACCCGCAGUCGGGGGCGGAAAAGAGAUUUCGUAUAGUUAGAAAGCACAGAAAUGGAAAUGAAAAGAAAAAGAAAAAAUCCCCCACGAACAGUGGGACACCGCGACACAGUACGGCGACACACAGGAUACAUGCCUUGAAUCCUCGCUCGCUCUCACCUUCAACAAAACGAUCGAAACGAAUACCCAGACCAUUGAACCCUAAAUUUCUGAUCCCUCCCCUAAUUCCCUGUUCUCGAAUUCCUUGCCAUCCAUUUACCAUCUUGGCCUAACCUUUUAACUAAGUGACUUCCGUGUUCACUUGAUUUCUUGCUACCAAAGUGUUGCAAUAUUGUUUUGGAUCAGAUUUGGUUUUAACUGGUCCGAGUUUUGAAUCCGGGAACUUCUGGAGGAAUAUAGUGCUUAAUGAUGUGGGUGGUGCUUAAGUUGUAGUAUGGUGCUAGGAAUUUUGGAGAAGUGGUGAUCCCAAAACAUGGGUAGUAGCGACACGGAUAAACAGGCAAAAGAGAAGGAGCCGAAGACGCCUCCUGCUACAAAUUCUACUACUACGCAGGACCAGUCUUCGGCUCCUGGCACUGGUGCGGUUAAUCCUGACUGGUCGGGAUUUCAGGCAUAUUCUCCUAUACCUCCACAUGGGUUCUUGGCUUCAAGUCCCCAAGCCCCUCCCUAUAUGUGGGGCGUCCAGCAUAUAAUGCCGCCCUAUGGUACCCCUCCACAUCCAUAUGUUGCAAUGUAUCCCCAUGGUGGCAUAUAUGCUCACCCAUCUAUUCCUCCGGGACCUUAUCCUUUUAGUCCUUUUGCUAUGCCUCCUCCAAACGGCAUGCUUGAGGCUUCUGGAAAUACAACUGGCAACAUGGAAGCAGAUGGUAAACCAUCUGAGGUGAAGGAAAAGUUGCCCAUCAAAAGAUCAAAAGGAAGUUUAGGCAGUUUGAAUAUGAUAACAGGGAAGAAUAAUGAGCAUGCUAAACCCUCAGGUGCAUCUGCUAAUGGGGUUCAUUCUAAAAGUGCUGAAAGUGCAAGUGAAGGUUCGAGUGAAGGAAGUGAUGCAAAUUCUCAAAGUGACUCACAACUGAAGUCAGGGGGUGGUCAAGAUUCUUUUGAAGCUGAAGCAUCUCAGAAUGGCAAUUCCGUGCACGGUCCUCAAAAUGGACGACCAAAUACACCUCAUACAAUUAUGAAUCAAGCAAUGCCUAUGGUGCCGAUGUCAGGUGCAAGUGCAGGUGCUGGUGCUGCUCCCUUAGCUGUUGCUGGUCCCACGACAAAUCUAAAUAUCGGAAUGGAUUAUUGGGGUGCUCCAACUUCAUCAGCCAUACCUGCAAUGCAGGGGAAGGUUCCUUCUACUCCUAUUGCAGGAGGAAUUGUUACUGGAUCACGGGACAAUGUUCAGCCACAGAUUUGGCUACAGAACUGGCACCAGGUGAAAGAUUUGAAAUAUUCUACUCAACCUCCGGUCUGCAGGUCGCACACCACACUCCUCACGUAGGGAACCCGGUUUAUUGGCUACGUCACGGUUCUUCUCCCCUCGCUCUCCCCGAGCUUCCCUCGUACUGACGCCUCUCACUCCCCCGAGCUCCCUCAGAUUGACGUCUCUCAACCCCCUUCAGUCCCAAUCUCUCUCACGGAUUCCUCCCUUCAGCGGCCUCUCUCUCUGCCUCUCUCACCGAGCCCUCUCUUGUAAGGAUUGCUAACCUCAGCCAUCUCUCUCGCUCUCAAACUCCAUAAAGUGGAUUGAGGUUCUCCAAACUCCAGACGUUGCAGAGAGACCCAGAUCUAUUCGUUGAUAAGACAUUUGUACAAAGUUGAAAGCUUGAGACGCAUUCCCAGAUUUCUGAUUUUCUUUUUCCUUUUUUUUUUUUUUUCUGUUUACCGUUUUGGCUUUGAGGAAUUGUGGGUGGUUUCGUGAUUUAAGCUUUGUCGUGAUGAGGGGUUUUCUCUAAUAUUGAUUGGGUUGGUCUGAUGGGUCUGUUUGAUUUUCAUUUCCCCUUAAUUUAUCUAUCUUGCUGUGAAGUUUCACCGGAAAACUUUUCCGACUCUGUGUAUUAUUGAAGUACCAAUUUAUCUCUGAAACUAUGUCAUGUGA